CAGCUGACCCCACAGUGCGUUUUUGUUUUUGUAGUUGUAUCUUUUUUCGCGUUUUGUUUAUUAAUUACUUUUUUUUUUAAUUUAAGUGCAGUUAAUUGCCUCCGCUAAUCGCUAAUUAUGUCGUACAAGGUUGAGCCACUGCCCGAUUCCUACGCCGGCUUGGGAGAGGGUCCUCAUUGGGAUGUGGCUAGGCAGAGCCUUUACUACGUAGACUUGGAGGCUGGCAGCCUGCUGCGCUACGAUUAUGCCCAAAACAAGGUCUACAAGACCAAGAUCGAGGGCGAGACCCUAGCUGGAUUUGUGCUUCCGGUGGAGGGACGUCCUCAAGAGUUCGCCGUCGGCUGUGGACGCCGAGUCGUGAUCGUCAACUGGGAUGGUGUCUCACCAACCGCCAAGGUGGUUAGAACUCUGUUCGAGGUUCAACCCUUGAUGGACAAGAACAGGCUGAACGAUGCCAAGGCUGAUCCUCGUGGUCGUUUCUUUGGUGGCACCAUGCGUUACAUUGGCGAUGAGUUUGAAUUCCGUCACGGCGAGCUGUACCGCUGGGAGGCCGGUGGCCAACCUUCGGUGAUCAAGGGCGAUGUGGGCAUCUCCAAUGGACUGGCCUGGGACGAGAAGGCCAAGAAGUUCUACUACAUCGAUACCACCGACUACGAGGUGAAGUCCUACGACUAUAAUUUCGACACCGGUGUGGCCACCAAUCCUAAGGUGAUCUUCAACCUCCGCAAGAACAGUCCCAAGGAUCAUCUCCUGCCCGAUGGUCUGACCAUCGAUACUGAGGGUAACCUGUACGUGGCCACCUUCAAUGGAGCCACCAUCUUUAAGGUUAAUCCCAACACUGGCAAGAUCCUCCUGGAGAUCAAGUUCCCCACCAAACAAAUCACCUCAGCCGCCUUUGGUGGUCCCAACUUGGACAUCUUGUACGUGACCACUGCCGCCAAGUUCGAUCAGCCCACUCCAGCUGGCACCACUUACAAGGUGACUGGCCUGAAUGCCACUGGUUUCCCUGGCGUCAACUUGAAGGUCUAGGAUCUGCAAUCUCUAAGCUUAGUAGACAGUAUAAUGUACCAAUCGAAUCCAAGUGCAAUUAUAUGUUAUACUAUUUACAUUUUUUAAA